ACGGCGCUGGUGGAGGCUGCAGCUACGUUCGCGCCUGCUCGGCUCCCUAGGACGCGUCGGGCUCCCGGGGUCCGGGGUGGCUUCUUGCUCGGAUACGAGCUGCCCGGCCUUCAGUGAUUGCAGGCAGAUCACUGCCCUCCGGAAACGAUGGUUGUUGCUGGACCCAGCUGGGACUCUGCCAGGCUCCAGUGCUCAGUCUAAGGAAAGGGCCCUCUUCCAGCCCUGCUCUCCCUGCCUGUCAUGGCCACACUCAGCUGCUGCCUGCUUGCCUGGGGACAUAGGGCACCCAGCCCCAGCGCUGAGAGGUUAAACCAGGCCCUCUCACUCCAUUUCACAGGGGCACUCUGGGCACCAGUCCCCUUUCAGACCGAGAGCAACUGAUGCCAUGGGAGAAGCCCCUGCCCAUCUGUUCACUCACCUGGUACUGCCUGCUCUGAGACCCCUACACGGGUCGCCCUGGAGGUGCCAACCCUGUGAAACCCUCCCCUGUGCCCUGACACUGAGAAGGCCCUGCCCACCCCCACCAUGUGUGAAGUGAUGCCCACAAUCAACGAGGGGGACCCCCUGGGGUCUCCCCAUGGAACGGAUGCUGAUGCCAACUUUGAGCAGCUGAUGGUGAACAUGCUGGAUGAGCGGGAGAAGUUGCUAGAGUCCCUUCGGGAGAAUCAGGAGACUUUGGCGGCGACACAGAGCCGGCUCCAGGAUGCCCUGCAUGAGCGAGACCAGCUCCAGUGCCACCUUAACUCUGCCCUUCCCCAGGAAUUUGCCACCUUAACCCGGGAGCUGAGUAUGUGUCGGGAGCAGCUUCUAGAGAGGGAGGAAGAGAUAUCAGAGCUGAAAGCAGAGCGGAAUAACACGAGGUUGCUUCUGGAACAUCUGGAGUGCCUAGUGUCCCGUCAUGAGCGGUCACUGAGGAUGACUGUGGUGAAGCGUCAGGCUCAGUCACCUUCAGGGGUUUCCAGUGAGGUGGAGGUGCUGAAGGCUCUCAAGUCACUGUUUGUGCACCACAAGGCCCUGGAUGAGAAGGUGCGAGAGCGGCUCCGGGUGGCCCUGGAGAGAGUGACCACCUUGGAAGAGCAGUUGGCAGGUGCCCACCAGCAGGUGUCUGCCCUACAGCAGGAGGCAGGGGUUCAGGAUGGAGUGGCAGAAGAGGAGGGGACUGUGGAACAGGGACCGAAAUGCCUGUGGAAGCAUGACGCGGGCCAGGUAGAAGAGCUGCAGGAGCUCCUGGAGAAGCAGAACUUUGAGUUGAGCGAGGCCCGGGAGCGACUGGUCACCCUGACAACAACCGUGGCCAAACUUGAGGAGGACCUGGGCACGGCCCGCCGGGACCUUAUCAAGUCGGAGGAGCUGAGCAGCAAACAUCAGCGGGACCUCCGGGAAGCUCUAGCCCAGAAGGAGGACGUGGAGAAGCGAAUAACCACACUGGAGAAGCGCUACCUGGCUGCUCAGCGUGAGGCCACAUCGAUUCAUGACCUCAACGACAAACUGGAGAAUGAGCUGGCCAAUAAGGAGUCCCUGCACCACCAGUGUGAGGAGAAAGCCCAGCAUCUGCAGGAGCUACUGGAGGUAGCAGAGCAGAAACUGCAGCAGACAAUGCGCAAGGCUGAGACGCUGCCAGAGGUGGAGGCUGAGCUGGCCCAGAGAAUUGCAGCCCUCACCAAGGCUGAAGAGCGGCAUGGCAGCACUGAGAAGCACCUGCGGCAGCUGGAGGGGCAGCUGCAGGAAAAGAACCAAGAGCUGGCAAGGGUGCGCCAGCGGGAGAAGAUGAACGAGGACCACGGCAAGCGACUGUCAGACACCGUGGACCGACUGCUUAGCGAGUCGAAUGAGCGCCUGCAGCUCCACCUCAAGGAGCGCAUGGCGGCCCUGGAGGAGAAGAACACACUGAUCCAAGAGCUGGAGAGCUCCCAGCGGCAGAUUGAAGAGCGGCAGCAUGACAAGGGCCGCCUGUCUGAAGAGAUUGAGAAACUGCGCCAAGAGGUGGACCAGCUGAAGGGUCGAGGAGGGCCAUUUGUGGAUGGCAUCCACUCCAGGGCGCACAUAGGCAGUGCAGCAGAUUUGCGGUUCUCCCUGAGCGCAACCGCCCACGCACCUCAAGGUCUGCAUCGUUCCUACUCAGCACUGCGGGAAGAGUCUGCCAAGGACUGGGAGCCAUCUCCACUGCCUGGGGUGCUGGUCCCCACAGCCACCCCUGCCUUUGACAGUGACCCUGAGAUCUCUGAUGUGGAUGAGGAUGAGCCAGGGGGUCUGGUGGGCUCCGUGGACGUUGUCUCCCCCAGCAGCCACUCAGACGCCCAGACCCUGGCCAUGAUGCUGCAGGAGCAGCUGGAUACUAUCAACGAGGAGAUCAGGAUGAUCCAGGAAGAGAAGGAGUCCACAGAGCUCCGUGCUGAGGAGAUUGAGACACGAGUGACUAGUGGCAGCAUGGAGGCCCUAAAUCUGACCCAGCUGCGCAAACGUGGUUCCAUCCCCACCUCUCUGACUGCCCUGUCCCUGGCCAGCGCAUCCCCUCUGUUCAGCGGCCGCUCCACACCUAAGCUUACUUCCCGCAGUGCUACCCAGGACCUGGACCGAAUGGGGGUCAUGACCUUGCCCAGUGACUUAAGAAAGCAUAGGAGGAAGCUGCUGUCACCAGUGUCUCGGGAAGAGAACCGAGAGGAUAAAGCCACCAUAAAAUGUGAGACUUCUCCUCCUUCCUCACCCAGGACGCUGCAGCUAGAGAAGCUUGGCCACCCAGCCCUGAGCCAGGAAGAAGGCAAGAGUGCUUUGGAGGAUCCAGGCAGCAACCCCAGCAGCAGCAACAGCAGCCAGGACUCCUUGCACAAGGGCACCAAGCGCAAGGGCAUCAAAUCAUCCAUCGGCCGCCUGUUUGGGAAGAAGGAGAAAGGCAGGCUGAUCCAGCUGAGCCAGGACGGAGCCACGGGCCAUGUUCUGCUAAUAGACUCUGAGCUCGGUCUGCAGGAGCCCAUGGUACCUACCAAGCUGGGGACCCAGGCAGAAAAGGACCGGCGGCUGAAGAAGAAACACCAGCUGCUUGAAGAUGCCCGCAGAAAAGGAAUGCCCUUUGCCCAGUGGGACGGCCCUACUGUGGUCUCCUGGCUAGAGCUCUGGGUGGGGAUGCCUGCUUGGUAUGUGGCAGCCUGCCGGGCCAACGUCAAGAGUGGGGCCAUCAUGUCAGCCCUCUCGGACACAGAGAUCCAGCGGGAAAUUGGCAUCAGCAAUGCCCUGCACCGGCUCAAGCUCCGGCUGGCUAUCCAGGAGAUGGUGUCGCUGACCAGCCCCUCUGCCCCGCCCACCUCCAGGACUUCUUCUGGGAAUGUCUGGGUCACCCAUGAAGAGAUGGAAACUCUGGCAACAUCCACUAAAACAGACAGUGAGGAGGGCAGCUGGGCUCAGACCCUGGCCUAUGGGGACAUGAACCACGAGUGGAUUGGGAACCAGUGGCUGCCCAGCCUGGGGCUCCCCCAGUACCGCAGCUACUUCAUGGAGUGCCUUGUGGACGCUCGCAUGCUGGAUCACCUCACCAAGAAGGACCUGCGGGUCCACCUGAAGAUGGUGGACAGCUUCCACCGAACCAGUCUUCAGUAUGGCAUCAUGUGUCUGAAGAGACUGAACUAUGACCGGAAGGAGCUGGAGAAGAGGCGGGAAGAAAGCCAGCAUGAGAUCAAGGAUGUGCUGGUCUGGACCAACGACCAGGUGGUUCAUUGGGUCCAGUCUAUUGGGCUCCGGGACUAUGCAGGAAACCUGCAUGAGAGUGGUGUGCAUGGUGCUCUGCUGGCCCUGGACGAGAACUUCGACCACAACACGUUGGCCCUGGUCCUCCAGAUACCCACGCAGAAUACCCAGGCACGCCAGGUGAUGGAGAGAGAGUUCAACAACCUGUUGGCCUUAGGCACAGACCGGAAACUGGAUGAUGGGGAGGACAAGGUGUUCCGCCGCGCACCCUCCUGGAGGAAACGCUUCCGGCUGCGGGACCACCAUGGCAGCGCCAUGCUCAGCGCCUCUGCCGAAACGCUCCCGGUAGGCUUCCGCGUGUCCACCCUGGGGCCAUUGCAGCCUCCACCGGCCCCGCCAAAGAAGAUCAUGCCUGAAGCACACUCUCACUAUCUCUACGGACACAUGCUCUCCGCCUUCCGGGACUAGCUACAGGCCCCAAGGCCAGCUUCCUUCUGCUUGGUUUCACAGGCUCGGAGAGCCCUUAACCCUCCUGCUCGGUCCCCUUACUCCCACGGCUCCUAGUCUCAUAUCUCAGAAUAUACUGUCUACCCCCUAGCCAUCCCUCUACCCCAGGUCCAACGUGUGUCCCUUGUAAGGCUCUCCGGGAUGUGGCUGGGUUUCCUGGUGUUGUGGAGGCAACCAGGUUGUCCAUGCUUGUGGGUCUGCGGGAGGGAGAGGAAGGCAGCCCAAGAUGGAUGGACUCCACCUUCCCUCUUCUGCAUCUAGCUGGUCUGGACUGCAAACUCCACCAGAGACCAGGACACAGCGUCAAGGGCUGGGGAUGGCCCUUUCGAGAAAACGGCACUCCAGACUGCCUUGCUUGGGUUAUUGGGCUUUCUGGUUUCUGUCCGCCUCUUGGUUGUACUAGAUGGUCUACAUCUGCUCUUGGCACCUUCACCAUUAUCCCUCCCCCAACUCAUCUGCAUAGCUGCAGCUCCUGCCUCACCUCCAGGACCUCCUUGGGGGCUGGGAAGGGCUGUAGAAGGCCCCAUUCUUCCUCAGGAUGAUGAACCUGGGAAGAGGGAAGGCUAAGGUGGAGAUUCUAGGCCCUGGUUUAAGUUGAAUCCCAAACACCAAGCGUAAGGAUGGGGAAACUCAGCCCUCCUGCCCAGUGAGAGGUGCAGGCAGGUCAGCUAGAGGGAGAGCCAAUGGCCUGUGGCAGCCUUAAGCCCAGAUGGCAGCGGGAAUGCCUCCUGCCCCAGCUGUAGGGUAGAGCUGCUGCUGGGCUGCGGGGAGAGGGAACUGUGUGGAUCUUGGCUGUGGAUCAAGCUAACCUUGCACUGCCAGCUAUGCUCCCAGUAUUCCUUCCCUUUCUGUCCCCCUCUGCCCCACUUCUUUGAUAAUUCCAGCCCCGUAAGAAUAUACCUAAUGGGUGGAUUGAGUAUAUACAUUGACCUUAAAGUCUGGUUCGGGAAAAAGGUAAUCUGAGGCUUCCUUCCUCUGAUCUCCCAGGAAGAAAAUAAAGAUUCCCCUGUAGUGAAUCAUGUCCUAGGUCCAGGAAAUCCAGUGUUGGUGAAGACUGUCAUUCUCUUGCUUGUCCCCACACCACUACCCCCUUGUUCAGGGCUCUUUUGGUGUGCAGGGACUGCUUCGUCCAGAAAUUCCUGAGACCUGCCCAGUUUCAGUUGCUUUCCCCAGUAGCACGGCAGCAUCCAGGGCUGAGGGAUACAGGUCCUGCUUUGGUAGGAAUGUUAUUUCCAAGAAAUCCCUCUUCUUAACCCAUGUACUCAUCCUGCCAAGGUGCCUGGAAGUGUCUGGGACCCAAGUUCAGGGUGAGCUGAUGGAACCUAAGGUUUCAUCCAAGUGAAAGGAGAGGAAAAGUGCCUGAAGCAUGUUUCCUGGAGAGGAGCCAGUGAAGCGCUACCCUGCAGGUGGCUGAGCAGCUGGUUUGCAAGCUGAUGACUUGGAUUCUGAGUGGUGGCUAGGCUAGCAGGUGGGAUGAUGGGUCAGAGCACCCUGUCCAGAAGGAGUGCUGGAGCCUGGGGCAGUACCAGGCUUACAGGUUUCUGCUACUUUUCAGUAGAGGAGAGGUCUACCAGUGGUGGGGCUGGGUGGGCUCCCAUGGGUAUGGGCAAGGCAUCCAACUUCCCUUGCUCUCCCUCAUUGUUCCCUGCCCUUCCUGUCUGUCAGGCCACUGGGAAUGGAGCUGGAGGAGUUCUUGAGCAGAAAAUAAGUUGGAUGGAGAGAAAGAGCUCCUAUCCCUGGGUAAUGGAUGUUAAGAUUAUGGAGAAACCCCAGAUUCCUAAGAUUGGUGAAGUUGGAGACCACAAGGCCAUCUGACUCCUUCAGGGAACUCUGAUAGGCUAGCAUAGUGGGAAAUUCAGCCCCAGCCUCUCCUCUACAACUCAACCCUAUCUUAAUUAGUCAUGUCAUAAGGCAGCUGCUGGCAGGACCCAGGUCUGUUCGGGGCAUCUUGGGAUUAUUGCAGGGAGGUGAUGCGUACAGUGAUGGAAGGCUCUUGUCUUGGUGUAUCCCUUGCCUCACAGUCAAUAUACUUUUUAUUUGGGGAGUCACUUGUGACCCAUACCCCCUCACCAGCUUCCUGUAUCUUUUCAGGUCCCUUCUCAGUACCGUACUGCCGACACAGUGCAUCAGGAAUGGGUGUAUGGGUCUGUAUGAGUGUGAGUGUGUGUGUGUGUGUGUGUGUGUGUACAUACCAAUAAAUAACCUGGUUUUGAGACAACAUA